AGAAGUAGAAGAAGAAGAAGAGCUGUCAGCUGCAAACUGCCGACAAGUCAUAACAGCAAAGAGGGAACUAGAAGGAAGGAAAACGAGGAGGAGAGAUCUCCACUUGAACAAGGUUCUGGUUGAUUUUAAGGGUGCUGAGCAGUCCCAUCCUUUAGCAACAUGGGGGAACUCUUCAGAAGUGAAGAGAUGACGCUGGCUCAGCUCUUCCUCCAGUCAGAAGCGGCCUACUGUUGUGUCAGUGAACUGGGAGAGAUCGGGAUGGUGCAGUUUCGUGAUCUAAAUCCUGAUGUGAAUGUGUUCCAACGAAAGUUUGUCAAUGAAGUACGGCGAUGUGAGGAGAUGGAUCGCAAACUGAGAUUUGUGGAGAAAGAAAUAAAGAAGGCCAACAUCCCAAUAGUUGACACAGGAGAGAAUCCUGAAGUCCCCUUCCCGAGGGACAUGAUCGACCUGGAGGCCACAUUUGAGAAGCUUGAGAAUGAGCUGAAGGAAAUAAACACCAAUCAAGAAGCCCUAAAGAAGAACUUCCUGGAACUGACUGAGCUCAAGCACAUCCUGCGUCGCACACAGCAGUUUUUUGAUGAGAUGGAGGAUCCCAGUUUAAUGGAGGAGUCAUCCACCCUCAUGGACCCCAAUGAGCCUACUCGAGUGGCUCCUCUCAGACUGGGAUUUGUGGCUGGAGUCAUUGGCAGGGAACGUAUUCCCACAUUUGAGAGGAUGUUGUGGAGAGUUUGCCGAGGAAAUGUGUUCCUGAGGCAGGCAGACAUUGAAGAUCCUCUGGAGGACCCGUCUUCCGGAGACCAGGUCCACAAGACUGUCUUCAUCAUCUUCUUCCAGGGAGACCAGCUUAAGAAUAGAGUCAAGAAGAUCUGUGAAGGGUUCAGAGCAACCUUGUACCCGUGUCCAGAAACACCCCAGGAGAGGAAAGAGAUGCUGGCAGGAGUGAAUGCACGUAUUGAUGACCUGCAAAUGGUGCUGAACCAGACCGAGGAUCACAGGCAGAGGGUCCUGCAGGCUGCAGCCAAGACAGUCCGAGUGUGGUUUAUUAAGGUGAGGAAGAUGAAGGCCAUCUACCACACCCUCAACCUCUGCAACAUUGAUGUCACUCAGAAGUGUCUGAUCGCUGAGGUGUGGUGUUCUGUCUCCGACAUGGACUCCAUCCAGUUUGCCCUGCGCAGGGGGACGGAGAAGAGCGGCUCCACUGUGCCUUCCAUCCUCAAUAGAAUGCAGUCCAAGCAGACCCCACCCACCUUUAACAAGACAAACAAGUUCACCUCCGGCUUUCAAAACAUUGUGGAUGCCUAUGGAAUUGGCAGCUACCGUGAGAUUAACCCAGCGCCAUACACCAUCAUCACCUUCCCCUUCCUUUUUGCGGUUAUGUUUGGUGACCUGGGCCACGGGGCGCUCAUGACCUGUGCUGCCCUGUACCUUGUGUUGAGAGAGAACAGGCUGAUGGCCCAGAAGAACGAUAAUGAGAUGUUCAGCAUGGUGUUUGCAGGGCGCUACAUCAUCCUGCUGAUGGGAAUCUUCUCAGUCUACACUGGGAUCAUUUACAAUGACUGCUUCUCCAAGUCCCUCAAUGUCUUUGGGUCUGGCUGGAGCGUCAGGCCCAUGUUCGACGCUCGGCUGGGGGCCAACUGGACGUUUGAAACAUUGGAAGGCAAUAAAGUUUUGCAGUUGGACCCGACAAUAGAAGGAGUGUUCAAAGGGCCGUACCCCAUUGGCAUUGAUCCGAUAUGGAACAUUGCCACCAACAAGCUGACAUUCCUGAACUCGUUCAAGAUGAAGAUGUCUGUUAUCCUGGGAGUCAUCCACAUGCUGUUUGGAGUCUCCCUCAGUCUCUUCAACCACCUGUAUUUCAAGAAGCCGCUGAAUAUCUACUUGGGAUUCAUCCCCGAGAUUGUCUUCAUGGCCAGUCUGUUUGGUUACCUAGCCAUUCUGAUCUUUUAUAAGUGGCUCACAUACGAUGCACGCAUAUCCAAGGAUGCUCCCAGUCUCCUCAUCGCCUUUAUCAACAUGUUCCUCUUCAACUACAAAGACCCCAGUAACCAACCUCUCUACAGAGGACAGAUGGCCAUACAAUCACUCUUGGUGGUAAUCGCCUUGGCUUGUGUUCCCUGUAUGUUAAUAGUGAAAACUCUAGUUCUCCGGAGACAGCAUUUGUGGCGGAAAAACCUGGGUACAGCUAACUUUGGAGGGAUCAGAGUGGGCAACGGGCCCACUGAGGAUGAGGCUGAAAUCAUCCAGCAUGACCAGCUCUCACAGCACUCUGAGGAGGAGCCUGAGCGUUGCCUUUUGUCACCUGCUGUCAAGGCCCACGAGGAGGAAGAGUUUAACUUUGGGGAUGUGGCAGUGCAUCAGGCGAUCCACACCAUAGAGUACUGCCUGGGCUGUAUCUCCAACACCGCCUCCUAUCUGAGGCUUUGGGCCCUCAGUCUGGCUCAUGCACAGUUGUCGGAGGUGCUGUGGUCCAUGGUGAUGCACAUUGGCCUUUCUAGCCGCAGCUUUGGAGGUUUCUUUAUUCUGACCAUAGUCUUUUUCUUCUUUUCUGUUCUCACUGUUGCCAUUCUUCUCAUAAUGGAGGGGUUGUCAGCCUUCUUGCAUGCACUGCGACUGCACUGGGUGGAGUUCCAAAACAAGUUUUACUCAGGCCAGGGCUUCAAGUUCCUGCCCUUUACCUUCGACAGCAUCCUGGGUGGGGGGUUGGAGGACUGAGAGCUGACAACUCCUCUUCUUCUGUAAAUGUCACUCAUCUCUUGAGAAUCUGUGUGCGGUUGUGAUUUUCUUUUGUGUGUGAUGAGGUUUCCAUGAGUGACACUGCACAAGCUCCGAUCUGUCAGACUGCUAUUUGUUGUAAACUUCUCAUAACGUUUUUUCAUUCCUCAGAGAAAUAGCAUUAUCUGUUAUCAGUGUGUCUUGUCUUGGUGAAGUCAUUGAGUUUUUUCCUGUGUUUUAUUUAGUUUUAAUAUUUAUGCAUAUCUUUUCUUUGUGAAACCUGCAUUUUUCCUAUGUGGCAGUGUUUCACUACCAAUCACAAAUGAAGUUGUAUGUGCAAAUGUCUUGAUUAUGUUGGCUGAUGCUGAUUCAGAGUAAAGUGACAGAAGUGUUUACAACUUUCCUGUCUGUCCUCUCCAUGUUGUUGUAUCCAGGUUGUCUCUUUCUCUCUGCAUUGGCAUUGUUCUGCACAGAGCAUCUCAUUGGUUUGAUUACACACACACACACACACACACACACACACACUUUGCACAGCUCUAUCCCACUGCAUACUGACCUCACACAGCUAUAAAGGUCCAAAGGGAAUACAAUUUAACUUGCGUCAGGAUGUGAGUCUGAGUUUUGAAGAUGGAGAUGAAGCCUGCGUUGUGCACUAACAUUGCCAUAAAUGCCCUUUUGUGUUUAGUGAUCUGCUCUCAAUUGAUCUACACGGAGAGAAUGAAGGGGAAUCUAUAGGUGGAUGUUCUGUAACAGUGUCAAUCUUGCUGAUUUUUUUGCAUUCAUAUGUCAAAGUUUAAAAUGUCAUUGUCGCACUUAGAAGGGAGUAAGAAUGGCAUACAGCAGACAUGUUCAAAUAGAAUUCAUGCCUCAAAAAUCAUUUACCACCCACAUUAUUUGUGCGUCUCUGUCAAUAAAGUGGAAAAAGCUGG